AUUCACUGUCUUCCCCGUUGGACGGGAUUCUCUCGUUCUUUUUAGCACGUCUCUGCCGUAAUUGUGCCGCUUUUAAGCCUCUCCAGUGGGAUAUUACAUGUUGUGUUUUAUUCUUUUAGCUACGUUGCUUUUUAUCUCCCUCUCCCCUGCUCUAUCGAGCGAGCUUUUUGGUGUUCCGUGUGCUGAACUUUCUACUCACGGGAACACUUUCUAGUCAGUUUUUCCGUCAGGCAUGCGUAUGCUAUAGUGUCAUGUUAAGCUGACUUUACAUGGUUGCCAGUUAGGUGUUUUUUUCGUGAUCACAAGUUCUAGAAUUUUCAGCCGAUACUUAUAUAUUGGCAGUCCAUGAUACAGAGAGCUGUUUUGGGUCUACUGUUUUCUUACUUGUUAGUUUUUUUCAAAAGGGAUCAAUUUUUCCAGAUUCAAAAACGUAGAAGCUAUUCCACCACCGAAUUACAGGGAACGAUUUCUAUAUUGAUACGGAAAGACUCAAAAAAAUCAAUAUGUCACAGGAUUCUGAAAUCAACGGCCACGUUUCUGCAAAGCUACCAUACCAGAUCCUGGAGGAUAAGGAUCUUGGACGGCACGUGGUGGCCACUCGUGACAUGGAGGUCGGAGAGGUGGUGCUGGAGGAAAUGCCACUGGUGAUGGGCCCUGCACAGGCGACCGAACCCGUGUGUCUUGGAUGCUUGAACGCCCUGCAGAAGGGACAAAUCGAGGAGUGCGAGCGAUGUGGUUGGCCGGUUUGCUCACAGAAGUGCGCGGCGUCCAAGCACCAUAGAGCCGAGUGCGACUGGACCAUCAACAAGCGAGGACAGAAGGUAAAAAUAAGUAAUUUUGGAUCUUCACACCCUAGUUAUGAGUGCAUUACUGCUCUACGGUGUUUAGAGAAACGGCGAUCAGAUCCAAAAACAUGGAAGAAAUUGACAGCCUUGGAGUCGCACUGUGAUCUCAGAAAAGUGACACCUAGAUAUGACUUGGACAGGAGAACAAUUGCAGGAUUUCUUCAUAGAUUUUUCAAAGUGGAACAGGAGUACAGUGAAGAAGAAAUUUUGAAAAUUUGCGGCGUGCUUCAGAUAAACGGACACGAAAACCCGCUGACCCAGCCUGCCAGCGUUGCGGUAUACGAGCGCGCCUCCCUCUUCGAGCAUAGCUGUCAUCCGAACUGCGGCAAAAGAUUCACCGAUGACAACUCCUUGGUGAUUCAAACCGUGAAGAAAAUCAAAGCCGGCGACCAUCUUUCGAUCUGCUACACGGACCCUCUCUGGGGAACCCUGAAUCGACGGCACCAUUUGCUUGAGACCAAGUUCUUCCUGUGCAAGUGCCCUAGAUGCAUCGACCCAACCGAGUUGGGAACGUAUUAUAGCGCCGUCUCCUGCCCCAAUAAAGAAUGUGAUUGGUAUGUACUUUUGGACACAGAAAAGGAUGACCUGAAUCCUGAAACCUUAAAUUGGAUUUGCAAAAAAUGCAACUCAACGCGAACCACUGCAAACGCCCAGAGUGUAGUGCAAAGAAUAAUGACGGACUUAGACGCCAUGGACAGGAACGAUGAAAAGUCCUGCAAGCUCUUCUUGGAUCAUUACGGGAAGUCUAAUUUGCUGCACCCCAAUCACUUUAUUCUGACGGAAGUGCGCUUAUCCUUGGCUCAACUGUACGGUCAAAAAACAGAGAAAGGAAUUCAAGAGAUACCUGAUGCAGAUCUGGAGCAUAAAACGGAACUUUGUAAACAAGUUUUGAAAUUGGCGAGACAGCUCUUCGUAGCGGAAUGGCGCGUUCAAGGUGCUUUGCUUUUUGAACUUCAUGCUGCGGUGGCCGAGAGGUGCCGCCGCGAUGCUGAUGCGGGACUUCUAGACCAAGCAGCGCUCAUUAGCAGGCUUAUGGAAUCUCGGUAUUACUUGGAAGAAGCUUUGAAGAUGCUCAAAAAUGAGCCUGAGGCUCUACCAGAGGGGAAAAUUUCCAUCCAGUGCCAAAUAAAUUUGACAGAGUUGGACUCGCUGUUGCAAAGAAUUCGCCAUUCUAUGGGGGAAUGUCCAAUUUGAAAAUUAGGACAAAAUAAACAAAAAAUAAAAAAAGUUUAAUUAUUUUUCCAUUCGAGAAA